GGCCGACCUGGAUUAAUGACAAUGUAGCUCUGUUUAUUAACUGUGUAUUCCCUUAUCUGAUGAUUGGUUUACAAAUGAAUCUAAACCAUGAGGCAUAUUAACUGCAUAGAGAACAUUGACAAUUUAAGAGCAUUAAUAAAACAGGAUUUACGAGAGCUCGGCAUAAAACUUCCAAAGGGGAAAAAGUUGAAAAAGCAGUCCCAAUACACAAAACAACACGCUCAACAGGAAAAUGCUGAAAAUAAUGGAGUAUUUGAAAAUUUACUUGCACAGGUUGCAUGUGUCCACAUACCUAACUGUGGAUAUGUGCCAAGAUUUUUGGUAGAUGCUGCAGAUAUAAUUAAAAAGAAUAUUGACCAAGAGGGUUUAUUUAGAAAGUCUGGAGCUGUUAGCAGGAUAAAGGAAUUGAAAGAAAAGAUAGAAAAGGGAGAAGAUUUGGGUAGUGCUAAUAUUGUAGAUGUCACAGUCCUUAUAAAGCAGUUCUUCAAAAGCUUACCAGAACCACUAUUUACUAGCACCUAUCAUGAUGCUUUCAUACGAUGUAUACAGCUACCCAACAAGGAUGAUUCUUACAGGGCUUUGUUAUUGCUAUGUCUUUUACUUCCUGGAGAACACAUAAGUACAAUACGAUAUAUGAUGAGCUUGCUCAAACUUAUUUCAGAACACUCUGACAAAAAUAAGAUGGAUGCUACAAACUUAUCUGUUGUGUUAGCUCCGAACUUUCUCUAUUUGAAUAGUAAAAGUGAAAAGAUGAACUCUGUGGAAGAGAAACUUCUGCAGUUUCAGACCUCUGUUGUUGAAGUGCUAAUUCGUAAUGCUGAAGAGAUUGGUUUUAUAUCAGACAGUUUAUAUGAACGUACCUUGCUUAUGACUGAAGUAUUUGGAACAGAUGAUGAGUUAGAUGCUAGCUCUGAAGCUUUAGAGGAAUCAAGAGAUUGUAAAAAGAAAGAGAAGAAAAGAAAAAGAAGUGGAUCUUUUACAGGUAUAGUUAGUACCAUAGCCCAAAGUAUAACUAAGUGGAGACGGAGCACUGAUGGUAAAACUAACAAUGUCAGUAACUUAAGUCAGGCCAGCAACAUCAGUGAUUAUAGCCAUGUCAGUACUAAAUGUAACAAGAGCACAGCGGUCCAUGAGGAUCCACAACAACCUGUAGAUCUUUCAGCAGCUACACCAGUUGUGAUGAGGAAACGUAAAGCAUCUGGGGAUGUAGUGGCUUUCUCUACAUCUAAAAAAAAAGCCAUUUUACAGAAUUUACCGCAAGGCUCAGCUUUACGAAAUACACCAUUUACACCUGCCACAGCACUCAGAAAUAUGGAUAUAAAAAAGGGAAGCCUUGAUACUCCUAGUAUUGCCUUUAGCAACAGGGCCCAAGUAGCUUUCAGUGCCACACCUUCAACAAAUGGAAAGGGAUCAAGAAAGAGAUUAAAUUUGUUUAGUCCAGGCAGUAUGAGAAAGAAUAAGAAGAAUGCUUCUGGUUCUAAUAUAUCUGCUCAAAAUGCUUUAAAGAAAGGAAAGCCUGCUGGUAAAGGUAUAUUUAGGAGACUUAGUGGAGGCAAAGGAGACAAGGUUGAGUCUGAGUUCCCCCAAUCUGAACAAGAUCAGGUCGGACUUCGUUUAGCCAGUCCAAAAUGUACGCCACCAUCAUCUGAAGAAUCUGAUGAUCCUAACGAACAAGGAUCACCUUUACCUGUUAUUCUAAAUCAAUCAAACUCUUCACUUCCACCUACAGAACAAUCUAUUAUGUCUGUCUGUGAUGAUCGUAACUCACUUAAUGAUGGUUUUAUUAUAGAUGAAGAUCUUGAAAUGUCUCAAAAUGAUGCAUCACAUAUUCGGAGAGACGAACCCAGACACUGUUUGUCAGAUACAGCAAUUAUGUAUGCUAAUGAUUCAACUUACAAUAGUUCAUUGUCACGUUCAAUGUCACUAGACGCACAGAAAAUUCGUUUAAGAAGGGGUCAACCUAAUUCAGUUAAAACUGGUCUGUUACAUGGGGAAAAAGAAAAUGUUAAGAAAUUGAGGAGAAGUUUUGGACUUGAUAAAUCAGAAAUUGGAGAACCAGUUGCAUUACUUAUUCCGGACUUGCCACAGAUUCAAAAUGCUAAAGAUAUACGUUCUAAUGGAGAAUGCUUAGAAAAGGAGGAAAGUAAACAGAUGGAUAAAAAUGAAUGUGAGGGAUCAGUUCGCAUAGAAUCAACAUGUGAUUCUACAGGCAUGCUUGAUAAAAAACAUAUGGAUUCUAAAACAUCUGAACAACCUGUAAACUGUGAUAGUAACAGGCAUGUGACAAACACAGUCAAUGAAGAGGUCAACACCCAAAUUAAAUCAGAUGAGUUGGUUUCAAUCAGUCUUAAACCAAAAAUACAGAACAGUACUAGCACAGAUAGUUUAUUAGUUGGGCAGGAAGACACUUUCAAUAAAUUGGAAAAGAAAACAAUAGCACGUACAUUGUCAACAGAUAGUGGAAAGGGAUCAAUGUUUGAUGUGUCAGAAGUUGGUGAUGCAAUAGGCACCACUAGUCCUUCAAGUCAGAAAAUAGCCAUUGAAGGGAUGAAGAACACAAUUAAACAUAAUUCAGAACAAGAUUUAAAGAAGCCAUUGAGAGCAUUUGUUAGUAGAUCUCAGAGUUUGUGUGAGCAACCUAAAAAGGCAAUACCAAACAUUACUCCAAACUUACAAAUAUCUAUGGAGACUCACAAACUGUUAUCCAGAGCAGGUUAUCUUGCUUCUAAAACAACAAUGUCAGAAGAUGUUAUGGUGAUGGGUCCCCCUGCUCCUAAAAUUAAACAGGCAGAGACAGUGAUACCUAAACAUGAAAGUAUCAUGGAGCUGCAGACACAGCAGAGGGGCAGAGUGGCUUCUACUGCCAGACAAUUUGAUUGUGAUCAUCGGGAUGUUGCAGAAAGACACACAUCCCCAUACCGAUUCCCUAAUUCAACUUCAAGAAAACGGGGUGUGUCACCUAUAAGGAUUCCAACUAUAUUUGCCAAGAGUGAUGAAGAAGCAGCUAAAAUGAAGGAUGUGGUCACAGUCACCCAGAAAUCUGGGAAAGGGCAAGCCAAGUUACCCAUAUCCACUCUGUUGUUAAAGCCAACUGAAGAUAUUGCUGCCCCUUCUAACUCUGUGUCAGUACCUAAUGGGGCAAAGCUGAAAAGGAAGCCUAGUAUCUAUUAUACAGCUGAUCAUAGCAGGCUCAAUGAAUCUUCAAUGUUGUUAGAAAAAGUAGUAGAGGAUGAAAGUAUGGACAUUGAUGUUUUUGAACCUGAAGUCGAGUCAGAUAAAGAAAAUAAAGAUUCUCAUUCUAGUGAGUCAUUCCAGACCAAUGACAUUUGUACAGGAAUUCUUGGUAAUGAGAAGAUAGAACAUAAAGAUGGAAUGAUUGAGAGUGAAAAUUUGACACCAUCUAACCCAUCUAAGGUGCCUACAAUCAAAAUGCCACUUGCCACACCUCUAGCUGAGAUGGUUGUUUUACGAACUGCUUCUGGAAUGACACCUCGACAUGUGAUUAAGAAGACUAGAUCACCAAUUAAACCAGUUAAAAGACUUAGAUCUCCUGGGUCACCUUGUAGGAACUCACCAAGGAAGCAUUCACCUAGGACAAAUAAACAUCUUUUUAGUUCUAUACCUUGUCAUUUACAAGAAGAAAUGAGUCCACUGUGAUCUUUGCAUGCGCUCAGUAUAUAGUAGAAUAGAUCAUGUUUUAUCUUAUAUGCCUUUCAGUUAUCAAAUGGUGCUAUUAUAUGAUAACUUUUUUUGAAAUUACUGUUUGAUUUGAAUUGCAGAUUUGAAUUUUUUUAUAUCAAUUUUAUCAAGUUUGACUGAUAUAUAUUUUAAGACUUGUUUUAAUGAUUUUGUAAAUCACAAGAUGAUAGUUUGAAUCUUAUGUAUAUUUUAUACCAUAUUUAAAUACUAGCUAACGGAAAGUUUUUGUUGAUGAAAUUUUAUUAUCGUGUGUUAUCUGAUAAAUACUUUUAUUACUAACAUUUCUGUAUUAUGUUAAGAGCUUGAGGGCUUAGACUAUAUACUUUGUUAAGGCAGGAAACUCAGAUCCUUGACAUCUUUAAAUAAGCAAAUUUCUGAAAGUUGAAAAGAAUGAUUUGUUGCUAUUUAUUUAAGGUUUUUCAUAUUCGGUAUUAAUUUAUAUACCCCUUUUUAUUCACAGUCAUAGGUAAAGAAAUAAUUAUAAUUGGAAGUAUUCAUACAUUCAGUGAAACCUUAUAUCUUUAAAAAGUCUGCACAACGUGAUACUACAUGUACCCAUAUAUUAUUUUCUAAUAAGUAGCAUAAUUAACGAUUGUAAAGCCAUCUUAAUUUAAGUGAAGUCAUAAAGCAUCAUGAAGAUGAAGAAUGUUUUAUGCAUAUGAUGCCAUUGAAUAUAGUCAUAUUGGUUUUUUUCCUUUGAUCAUCCCAUGACAACAGUUCUUCAUUACACACAAGGUAUUCAAGUGAAAAAUUGUGAAUUAAUUUCAGUGAUUUACUGUGAAACAGGGUGAUUGAAGGGAUGUUUUGAUUCAGUUUUGGCUAUUCUGUUUAAAUGAAUCUGGCAGGGUAGGAAGGGAAGUUAUAUAUUUUGAAUUUGGUAGUGGGUCAAUCAUGCUUGUAUGACUAUUUGAUGUUUGCAAAAUUACCCAAAGAAAGUAUGUUGGUUGUGGGGAGAUUUUGGAACUCCCUUUCACUCUCAACAAUCCAUUUAAAUGGAAUAGUUCAUAGCAAGUGUGAUAUGGAAAUCCAUAAAAUGUUGCGAUUUCCUUUCAAGAUAUGUGAAUCUCUGCAACUUCGGUUUAUUUUUAUUCUUAUGAAAUACCUUAAUAUUGAGAAAUUACCAUCAGCCAUGAAACUUUACAAUGUAGGUGAAUCGCUUUUGAUUGCUCUACAUUUUUUUCUGGGAAAUCCCAGAGAAAAUUGCAUGAAUGUGUUUAUUAUUUUUGAAAUAAAAUUUUGUACUGAACUGUGAUAAUCAUAUCUGUAUACUCCAGCAGAGAUAAUGUUGCUUUAUAAUAUAUUUUGUCAUUUAAUAUGAAUAUGGUAUUGAUUGCAUUCUUUAGAUUGUUUCUGUGGAUUUAUUCAUGACUUUUCUAGACUCUGUGAUUUACAGAUUGACAUAGUGUAUUCUAAGAUACUUGUCUUUGGUUGAAGGUUGUAAAUUGACCUCUAGAUGUCUUUAUUUAUUUUACAUUGUUGGGUGGCUGUCAUAGACCAAUAUCCACAAUCUCCUUUUAUUCAUUUUUUUUUCAUGCUAGGUGACUGCUUGGUCUUUAAAGUAAAGCAGUUUUUUAAUGAGGAAAAAAAAGGGAUGGUUCAGUCCAUUUUCUAAAUUUUAAGCUAUCAAACAAGGCUUAUCUUAUGGUAAAUAUCUGUAUGAAUAAAGUGGUUUAUAGACCAUUUUAUAUCAUUAUUAAUGGGUUUUAUUUGGCCAAAUGUUUUACAGAAAUUUGUACUUUUAAUUUUUUUUAUUUUGAAGUUGAGAUAGUACAAAAAUAAAAAUGAAUAAUUGAGGAGCCAUGACAACACAGAAAAACUAGGUUAAAGUUUUUUUAUGGAAAUACAUAGCUCAUAUGAAUAUUCUUGAAUUUUGCAUUCGCUAAAUAAUUCCAAGACACAAAUACAUCUCAAAACUAUAAAAAAUUUUGUCAUUUUUUUAAACAUUAAAUUAAAGACAUUUUCAUGAUCUAAUACAGAUUGUACAGUUUAGAUAUUGGGAAUACCUAUCUGCAGUUGUAAUGCAAAAUUUUACAUGAUUUUAUGAUACUUCUAAUAUAGGCCAAAGCAGGCCCUUGACAUGUCUUUAUGGAGAAUAUAUCUUCUGGUUGUAACCUAUAAAAUGCAUUAUAGUAAUGAUUUGGCUAUUUUAUAUAUUAUGAUCUGCUUUCUUUCUUCUUUCUGUCUUUUUCUCCAUCUUAAUAUGAAAAAUAUGUCUAUGUUGUUGGUAUCUGUAGAAAGUAUAUUUAAAAAAAUAAUGGGGCAGUUUUUGGAAAUAAUAACCUGCUUUCAUUGCAUGUUUUUCUUCUGUUUUUUUGUCAUUUCAUGAAAUUUAAGAAAUGUUCCUUCAGGACUGUUCUAGAAAAUGAUUCAUUUGGGGGUCUUAGAAGACACUUAUAUUUAAAACUUACCGGUAAGUGAAUAGUAGGGAAAUAAAAAGUGUCAUCAAAGAUUCACAUUGAUUUUUUUUAAGGAGCAUUCCUAAUAGAAAUUAAUGUUUCUUGUUUUAGUUAUAAUUUUGAUUAUCAGUACAUUGCAGAGAAGUUGCUUGUGACCAUUUUCAAGAUCACCAAUCAGGCUUGUAUGAAAAUGAGUUGUAUGGUUAUGUACACGCAAGUAAGUCUUAAACUUGCUAUAGAAAUAGUGACAUGAUCAGCGUUUAAUGUGUUUGUAUUGUACAGCCAUUAGGCAGAUCUAGUUCAUAUUUAUAAAAAUUAAUACAUAACUAAAUUUAAGGAUUUUUAUUGUAAUUUCAAUUAUUUAUUUUGUAAGUUGUGAGGGGAUGGAACUAUUUUCCUACAGAAGGUAUUUAUUGUAUUAUAUUCUAAACUGAUAUAACAAUUAAGUAUUGCUUGAUAACAUUGUAUGAUAAGGGUAAUAACAUCAAUGCAUAAUCAUGUCAACCAGAUUUGUAAAUUAAACAAGAAUACAUACUCCA